AUGACACGAAAAUUAAAAUUAUUUCGGAGUGCGAUAUCGAACGAACAAAAAAUUGACUUUUUGCGUUACGCAGUUGUGUCACACACGUGGACAUGUGGUACUAUAAUAAUAACAAUAAUAAUAAUCCCAAUUUAACUCGGUUUUCAAGCCGAGUUUUCAUUUAUGAAAGGCAGUUUAAUCAACGAUCUGUUACCCAAUUUACAUAAUAUUAUCAUAAUUUAAAGGGGAAUCUCCACGCGGAGCUGAAUUUAAUUGUUUGUUUGAUUUCAUUGCCUGUUUGUUGAAAUUUAAUUGUUUCGCAGGGCUCCGGAAAGUCUACCCGUACUACUUCACCUUCACCACGUUCACGAAGGGCAGAUGGGUAGGCGAGAAGAUCCUCGAGGUGUUCGCCAGAGAAUUUCGGGCACAUCCGGCGGAAGAGUACGAACGUUGCAUCCGCGCCGGUACUUUGACGGUCAACUAUCAGAAAGUGGACGUCGAUUACAGAUUACGGCACAAUGAUCUGCUGGCCAACGUCGUUCACAGAUUUCACACAAACAAGUCAGCAUCCUUAGCGUAGCUGUAAUAAAUCAUUACAGACGUAUUUUUACGCUACGAUCGCCGAAAACAUCCACGAUAGUGUUAUUUUGUAUCUUCAUCUCGCAUUUUCAAAUCCUCGCUCAUAAUGAA